AGCUGGACACAGAGCGUGAGAUCGUCAUGCGCCUGCAGAACCGCAUCCUGAUGCUCUUCUUUGCGUCUGCUGCGUGUGAGAGCUGCCAGCAGUUUGCUCCCACGCUCGCCGACUUCUUCAAACGGCUGACAGAUGAGUCCUACGUGGAUCGCUCUGCUCAGCUGGUUCUCCUGUACAUUAGGUACAACACACACACGCACACACACGAUUUCCUCUUUCUCCUUCUCAGUCACUGCCUCGUCAUGUCCACAUAAGGGUGGGAACACACACACACACACACACACACACACACAAGCAAACAAACAUUUGGAUAGAUUUUCUGGAGUUUAUCUGCCCAUCCCAUGUCUCCCAGCAAACAGCAUCUACAUUUUUCUUUCAUCUGUCAGUUUGGACGAGUCAGAGGAGCAGCAAGAAAGCUUCCUCAAGGAGCUGCCCAAGAGGUGCCUGUUCCUGGCCUACGAGGACCCCUACAGGAGGGAGCUGGAGGCCAUGUUUAACGUGGAGGAGCUGCCCACAGUGGUGGUGCUCCGGCCCGACUGCUCCAUCCUCAUCGGGAACGCCGUGGAGGAGAUCCUGGAGCUGGGUACGGACUGCUACCGCAACUGGCAGGAAGCGUCCGAGCUCAUCGACAGGAGCUUCAUGAUGAGCGACGACUUCGAGCAGAAGUCCAUGCGCAGCUUCACCGACCCCGUGAGGAGGCUGAAGUACAAGGUGGAGGACGAGAGGAAGAAGAAGAAGAAAGAGAAGAGGAAGAACAGAGGCUGGGGAAGAGGUGGAGACGAUGAUGCAGAGGCAGAAAAAGAUGGAGGAGGGGCACCGUUUUGACGGAGAGUGCCCCCCUUGUUGCCCCUCAGAGCAGCUACAAGGGGUAGUGGUUGAGAUGCCCCCCCCCAUAAUGACCCUCUUCAACAUUAUGUCAAGAGAUGCGACCGGACAUUUUUAAUAUGCCGUUGUCAGUUGUGGUGAUUUCUCUUGUGUUACCCUGGCAGUCCUGGUGUUAUCACAAUGCUACUUGCCGUUUAUCUGCUCGCUCACAACUUUCAGCUGUCAAUCAAGUUUUCAAAUAAAAGAACACUGCUUCAUGAGAUGGCUGCUAGUGGUAUUUUGUAGGCUAACAUCAGCAACAGUAGGGGUUAUGCAACAUUGAAGGCCCAAUCCCACUUCCGCCAUCAGACGAGUCAUGGUCACAGAACACACUACCGGCCACUAGCGUGUGGGCUAACGUUAGCAACCCUACUCUUCUGCACUGAUAGCAGAGCAGUAGCAUCAAGUGCAGCCUUCAGUCUUCACUGCUCGACUGAAAUACCUGGAAAUGUGGGACCGUCUGGCAAUGUGACAACUGCUAGCUUGCCAGUUCGUCACCAGGACAUCUAGUCGCGAUUGUUCCGUGCUCGAAGACAGAAAAGAAGCAUAUCACAUUGAACUGGCAGACACCUGUCGUAACCUCUAUCCCAUCAAGAAUCGGGGGACACCAACCCCUAAAGGUGAGCGCUCAAAACAGAGGGGUGGGCUAAGGAUAAAUCAGCAAUAACAAUGUAUCGUUAGCUAGAUCGCUUGCCAGUGGGCCGAGACAUCGGCAAAGCAGCAGGGGCUUGGAGUGCACGCAACAGCUCCCCUGGAAGUCAAGUUGCCACGAUGAGUCAUGAGAGACGCAAAGUUUCGCGCCGUUGCUGCCAAUGUAGUCGAAUUCAGCCAAACAGACCUUUUUCACAGCCGAACAUCAGGAGAUGUCUCACCGUAUCCAAGAACCAGGAAGGCCCACCCGAUGGGACUCGCUCUUCCCUUUUUCUCUUUCGGCGCUGUGGUCUUCCUGCGAGUGUGGAUAUGCCAACAACCAAUAAAAAGUUAUGUAAAACACUAUCUAAAGGAACUCUGAAUACCGCUAACCAAUGCUUAGAAUUGGCUGUCUUUUAAUGUCUCCGAAUGCUGCCAAGUACACAGUCAAGCCAAGCUCAGCUCAGAGCCAAGUCUCGCCAUUAUGGCUUGUUUUAUGACACCCGGGAGAUUAUUCAAACUGCUCCUCCAUUUCUUCAGCGACACGGCUCCGUAAUGCGAUGCACUUUUUUUUCCCCCCUCUUCUCUUACAUGAUCAUUUGUGCCAUCCAAUCAAAACACGGCACGCAUAAUCUGAAAUCAAUGAAUUAUUCAGCACCAUUGAAAUAAUAACGUUGGGGACUGUUGUGCUUUGAGUGUUUAUGAAAGUCUGUAACUCCACUUUAAAGACUACACAAGAAGCAAUCAGAGGCAUUGAAAGGGAGUCGAGUCGAAUUACGGAGAAAGCGGCCUCUUUAAAUGAUCAGUGAUUUCACCGGGGGUCGUCUUCUUUCACACUGAGUGUUGCCUCCGCGCCCUCCCUCACCGCAUCCGAUCAGUCCAGAUCUUCAUAUGAUCUCUCAGCAGAUGAGGAGGCUCUCUUCCCUCCUUCUAUCCUCUGACUGACCCGAGCUUUAACUACAGCAUAUCCUGCCAUUACAUCCUAAAAUGCAAAUAUGAAAAGCAGCUGCUAAGAGUGGCCCUUAUUUUGGGGCGGGGGGAUUAUGGGGAGUAAAGGCAGGAACAGAAGGGGUCAGGAGGGCAUGAUGUUGAAACCAGAGUGUCAUCAGGUGUCAUGGAGGUGCUACUGUGCCAGAGGUAGGUCUGAUGCGUCAGGCAGCGGCUCCCUCUCAGAGCUGCUCUGAACAAAAGGAUGAUGGAAGUCCCGCAAAUGCCUGUGCAUGCAUGCUGGAUGUGCAGGCAAACACAAUAGCUCCCCUCUCUCCCAGCUCCCGUCACCAGAGGAAUGUAUGUGCUAAAACCUAAACCCUGAGCUGGUCAGACCUGCGAACAAAGCACAGCGGCCUACAUAAACAUGAGCCGCGGUUUAUUCCAUAUUGCCUCCCUUUUGCCUACACAGCAGCUUAUUGUUGCUCACUCAGACAAACCUUGAUAAUAAAGUCGAAGCCCCCACACUCCUGCUCUCUCUCUCGCUCUCUCUGCACGCGCGCACAAGCAACUGCGCGCACACGCGCGCGCAGGCACACACGCGUUGCGCGCUCUCGAGUGCAGAGCGCGCAACAAGCGGACCAGAGAGAGAGGGAGAGAGAGCCAGAAGAAGAGGAGAGAAGGACGGAUGCAAGGCGAGGCCAGGAGCGGAAAACCUUAUCUCUCCUGCUUGUCCAGCUCUUCUCCUUUUGUU